AUGAACGGUAUAAAAGCUACCAGUGGAUUUAGAGGGAUUGCGCAUACUCGUCGUUGCAUUCGAUUUCGACUUACAGUUAUCAAACUUCCUUCUCAUCACCUGCCGUAUCUCCUGAAAAACAUCUGCAAUAUGUUCGCUAAGCACCUCGCUGUUCUUGCCGUUGUUGCAACUGCAUAUGCCCUUCCGGCCCCACAGAUUACUACAGUACCAGGCGGAGGGGGUUCUGUCUCUCCUAGUUCAACGGUCACUACUUCGCCGAACGGAGGUGGUACUACUACACUUUUCGGGGGUCCGACCAUUACGAACACUGCCGGAGGAUGGUCUAGUCCCCUAUCGCACUCUUCGGGUCCUUCAGGCUCCGGAAGACCGACGGUGUCCUCUUGCAGCGCCGUGACGAUCAGUGAGACAGCAUCCGCAUCGAAGGUUACUACGACCUCUUCCAGUGCCAUAUCGAGCCUGUUGCCCACUACAAGCACGAUUGGCACAAACGGUACUAUCAGUACAACGUACACAUCCGUUAUUAGUGACCAUUUUCCGACUCCGACAGUAUCUAAUGGAAGUGUCAACACGAUUGCGACUGGCUCAUCGAGCGGGGCGGCUUCUCCACCUCCACCUGGCACAUCGAGCGGGGCGGGCUCUCCAUUCCCUCCUGGCACAUCGUCGGGGACGAGCUCUCCAGCCACGACCGGCUCCACCACUGGUGGUUUCAACCUCAAGGCUUAG